AUGUUGAAAUCAACGUUAAACGGCAACCUGCCGGACUUCGAAUCCUUGCGUCGUGUGCCUCGUGCAUGGCGGAGGGCUGGAAGUGAGUCGCGCCAGCUCACAAAGCGAAAGGGCGAGGUUGAGAUGAGGAUACAAAGCCUUGGGUUCACACGUGAUCGUGAUGAUAUGUUUGUGCAUUCGUACAGCCUGGACACUGACGAGGAGCUGCUUAUCGCCUGCCGUGACGGCCACUUGGGAUGUGUGCAGGGCCAGAGCAGGAGUUUCUCGAUCAAUUUCGAUCGAGCGCUGUUACAGGUCACGUUGCAGGACUACCAGCGUAUACCGACAUACCGGGGCACCAUUGUAGGUAAGUCCAAUGCGGCGUUGCAGCUCUUGCGCGAGAAGCCCGAGCGCGUCAGGGAGGCCCUGCUGCGACCUGCUGCCCAGCGCCAGCUGACUCCACUUCAGUGGGCCUGCAGCCGGAACUUGUACGAGGUGGUGGAGCACUUGACAACGCACUUUGCGGGUGAUGUCCGCCCUUCCAUUGACUAUUGUCUGUUCAACGCGAGCCGCCGCGGCUACACGAGCAUCGCUGAGCUGCUGAUCCGGCGCUUCCCCACCGAGGCGGAGGCUUGUGCCGGGCGAGAUGCGGUGGAGGCCGCCAGGUGCGGGCAGGCCAGCGUAGCCCAGCUCCUGUCGGAGCGGUUCCCCGACGCGGUGCGGGCAGUGGCUUCUGGAGCGCUUCUUGAGGCCUGCCGCGCGGGGUCAGCACAGAUUGCCAACCAGUUCCUGCGGGAUUUCCCAGAAGAAGCAAGAGUUGCGCUGCGGCCAGAUGCGGAUGGGCAGACCCCUCUGUUGGCGGCGUGUCAAACCGGCUUGGUUGGAGUGGUGAGGCGGUUGCUAGAUCAGUUUCCGGAGGCGCAGCGUGCCAUGGAAGUGCAAGACUCAGCUGGCAUGACCCCCUUGGCAUGGGCCUGUGAGAACGGUCACGAUCCCAUCGUUGAGCUGGUUCUGCGACGCUUUCCGGAGAAGAUGGCGAAAGUGGCUCCCAUAGAGGAGGAGCUGUCGGAUAGCCGGCCCGAGAUGAUGCAACCGACGAAUCGUGAGAACAUGGAGAGAAGCGGCUACCGAUUGGUGGGCAGCCACAGUGCCGUGAAGCAGUGUCGCUGGACGCGGAAUGCCAUCCUUGGCCAAGGCCAGUGCUACAAGCACACCUUCUACGGCAUCAACUCCCACCAAUGCAUGGAAGCAACACCGUCUGUGGCCUGCGCAAACAAGUGCACGUUCUGCUGGCGGAAUCAUGAGAACCCAGUGACCACUUCCUGGACGUUCAAGAUGGAUGACCCGGAGUGGAUCGUGCAGGAAAGCAUUCGCAACCACCUGGAGCUUGUGGAGGAAGUCUCCGAGUCCCCGCACGCUCUGCCCGAACGGGUUCUCGCCGCACGCUCGGUGCGCCACGUGGCUUUGUCCCUGGUGGGGGAGCCAGUGCUUUACCCAAAGGUGGCGGAGUUCGUGUCGUCCCUGCACAAGCGCCGCAUCUCCACAUUCUUUGUGACCAACGGGCAGUUCCCGGACCAGCUCGCCGAGCUUCCCUGGGUGACGCAGCUGUACGUGUCCUUGGACGCCCCGGAUGCUACGACGUUGAGGGACGUCGGUCGGCCUCUUUUCCGAGACUACUGGGAUCGUCUACGCCGGUCACUGGCCACCCUGCAAGAGAAGCAUCCGAAACAAAGGACAGUUUGCCGCAUGACGGUGCUGAAAGGCGUAGCCGCAGAUGAUGAAGCUUGCCAAGGCUAUGCGGACCUGAUCAACCUCUCGCAGUGUGACUUCGUCGAGCUCAAAGCUGCAACCUUCUCACCCGUCUGGGACAAGAGCAACUCCGGACUCUCCAGGGACAGCAUACCCAGGCACGACGAUGUGCUACAGCUGGCACGCCGACUGGUGUCAAAGUUGCCGAUGUAUGGCAUCGCUGCGGAGCAUGAGCACAGCUUCUGCGUUCUCCUGGGGCGGCGGGACCGUUUCUACGAUCCUUUUGGCCACUGGCGGACAUGGAUUGAUUUCGACAAGUUUGCCGACGCCGCCGAACGAGGAGAGACACUAGAGCCGCCAGAUUUUGCCGUUGAGACGCCUCCGUGGGCCCUGCACCAGGGUAUUCCGAACCAGUACGAUGGGAAGAUCGGGUUCGACCCUCAGGAGGUGCGCCGCUUCCGGCGGCCGAUGCCCCGUUUGACCAGGUGUGAAAAACGGAAGCUUUGGCCGAAACACAAGAUGAUGGCGGACGUAGCCGUCCUCACGCCACAGGAAGGCCUCGACGUGGCAGCGAGUGCCCAGGAACUCCUGAAGCAGCCCCAUGUGCGCACCGUGACGGUCUUUGAGCCGGCGGGCGUUGGGGGCGACGUGAAGCGGGCUGGAGUGCGCUACGUGGCGGGCGACCCCAACCUCAACAUUACGUACAAGGAGGCAAGCCUUGCCUUCAGCAUGGACCUGAGCCGGCGCUUGAGCCGACUGAGUAAGAGCCAGGGCGGCGCCCACGAGCGCGAGCGCAUCUGUGAGUUGGUGCGACCUGGGGAGCGCGUCCUGGUUCUGGGCUCAGGCAUCGGCCUCACAGCCUGCCUUGUGGGGGCCCGCACGGCCUGCUCCGAGGUUGUGGCCCUGGAGCCUGAUGAGGUGAAGCACGAGUUUGCUUUGGCCAACAUCCGAACCAACAAGCUGGAAGGGAAGGUCUCCAGUCUUUGCCGCUCCCCCCUCGAUGUGGAAGGACUGGGCCAGUUCGACCGCAUCUGUGCGUUCCUGAAGUUCCAGGCCCUUGAGAAUUUGCAGCCCUUGGUGGCGGCCAUCCGAACAAACGGCACACUGCACUUCUACAACCACGAGUCCGGAGAGGAGUUCCUGCGGGAACCUACCGAACUCCUGGACUCGAUGAGGAAGAUGUGUGCCAGAAGAGUCGAUAUCACGUGGCGUGGCAAAGUUCCUCGCAAGUCUAUUUCACCCAACAUGUACAGGGUGGGUGUGGACUUCAAAGUUUCUUAG